AUGGAAAAUCAUUGGAAUAUAUUUACAAAUGAUUUGGAAGUUCGAAUUUUGAAAAGUUACUCUCACAUAUCGCAGAAAUUUACAGUAUCUUACUCGAUAUUAAUGUACACCAUGAUGUCGAUGUUUAUAAUGAUACCGUCACUAGGACCGAUGUUUCUCGAUGUUGUAUUGCCUCUUAAUAAAUCGCGUCUGCGAAAUAUCGCAAUAUAUAGCGAAUACGGAAUAGAUCAAGACAAAUAUUUUGUACCAAUUUUUUUGUACACUUCUAUUAUGAUCACGGUGGGUAUAACGAUCAUGGUAGCUGUUGAUACCAUGCAUAUAGCAUGUACCUCACACGCAUGCAGCUUAUUUCAACUUAUUGGCCAACAGGUUGAAAAUGUAAUAUCAAAUGUUCCUAUCGACAAUGAAGACAACCAAAUCAGACAUUGUACAAAUACAGAAUAUAAAAUGUUCAGCGAGGAAAUGAUAUAUCGGGAAUAUAUCAUCUGUUUAAAGAAACAUCAACUUGCUUUAGAAUAUGUCAAUAUAUUGAAUGAUACGCACAAAAUUGUCGGAAUUAGCUUUUUAUUGCUCAUCGCUGCAGUUUUUAGUUUACUUGGAGUUCGAAUACGCAGCGGAAUGGUACAAAUUUUCACCAAGACUAAAAUCACUGCUAAUCAUAAUUCUUUACAGAAGUAUUGUGCCGUGUAA